AUGGCUAUUGGAAAAGGCAUCCCACUCGAUAGCGUUGCAUUAAUGUCAACAGUCUUGGAAGGCAUUUUAUAUGGCUUUUCCGUCCUCAUGUUUAUUGGCACCAUCUGGGCGCUGACCCACAAACGUCACAUGCGGGACGUCAAUCGUCCAAUCGCGGCUGUAGCCGUCUUGCUGUUUGUACUGAGCACUGUGCACAUGGUUGUAAGUAUUAUUCGGAUUGAAGAAGGACUGGUGCAGUAUCGCGACAGGCCAAAGACGUUAUUCACAGAACUCUCUCGAGGAACCUUUAUGACCAAUGGCGCGAUAUUUAUUUUGCAAACCCUACUGGGUGAUGGGGUGGUGAUUUAUCGUUGUUACAUCGUUUGGCAAACCAUCUGGGUUAUCAUCUUACCCAGCAUGCUGUGGUGCAGUGUUGCAGUGACUGGUGUGUACUCGAUAUACAGCUUUUCGCACAUGGCUGGCAUCUACGGACACGUUUUCAGCCAAACGACUCGCGAAUGGAUCUCGGUAUUUUAUGCCUCGACGCUUGCAACUAAUUUAUUGAGUUCAGGAUUACUGGCGUACCGCAUCUGGAAAAUCGAGCGCGAUGUCGCUAACAGUUGCGCUACAAAGAUCACCACAACGGGUAUACUACGCGUGGUUAUGGAUGCUGCUGGUUUGUACUCCAUAGCGCUCCUCUGCACAUUAAUCGGUGUGGCCUGCUCGAAAGAUGGAACACUUUUUAUGUUAGACAUGCUCACGCCUGUCAUCUCUAUAACUUUUUACAUGGUUAUCAUUCGAAUCGCAAUGGGCAAAAAUACUCACAGUCACAUUUUGACUGUUGGUCACGGGUCGACCACAGGCAGUGAGAACGAUAGAGGAAACUUGCGGCAUUAUCCUCUGAAGCCUUUGCAGGUACACAUAUCGCAAUUCACUCACAAUGACAGCGCGACGGUGUAUAGAAAUGGGAAUCUGUACCGACCGUCGACAGCCAAAUCGGAAUUUGUGGAAGGGGCAUCUUGCGACGUGUAG